AUGACGGGGCGUGGCGUUGAACGGAAAGGCUGUCUUGUUUGGUCUUUUGCUCCGACAGCGGUUACCAUCGCAGCACCUCAGCAUGUCGAGGCUGUGGAGGACAGGCGGGAAAGAGACGAGUCGCUAAUCUGGGACGGCAGGAAAUCUAAGGGGCAGAAUUCUUCCAGAAGGCCGCACAAUGUUCCUAUUCCAUGGACCACAUCGGCUCAAUGUCUCGGAUUGAUCCAGCCCUGCACGUCGUUGUAA